AUGCGCACCCGCCGCUGUUCACGAUCGCAGAGUUCACAGCAUGUGGACAGCGAGAACAACUUUUACACUGCCACAAGGGAAGAUGCAGCGCCCGCCUCGACUGCCUUGAAGAGGGGAGAUCCGGCAUUCGCAGUGCCGUCAACCAAGACGCACGUCAACGCUGCACUUCUCGUCGAGCCUUUCCAUUGCAUCUCCGCCGCAGCACGACAGGGGACCUCGCUUCUCAGACACGCAUCGGUUACAUCGUCGCGAGUCCGGCAGCGGAAGUCGCCGUGUGACGUGCCGCCUUCCACAAGAAAUGCAAGUGUACUAACUCCUGGGUUGCCACGCGGCGGUUUGCCGCAAGAGGAGUCGGCGCACCGCCUCAUCGAGGCGCUGCCGCUGACCCCCGAUGACGUCCUCGGCUGCGUUUCCACGGGCUCUUCUCCACACGCUGCCCAUGCACCUGUCCACGGUGGCGUAGCUGGGGCCGUAGCGGAGCGUGUCCACGGUGCUGAAAUCGCCCAUGGUGAGGGCCAGCCGACCGCCUCAGUCGUAUCAUCUCCAUCACAAUACCUUUCACAGACGAGCCCGCUGGCCCUCGCUGGUGCUGUGCCAUCGCCGUCCUCGCGUCAGACUUCCCCGUCAGCGGUGCGUGCGCGGCUGACGGACGCGAGUACGCAGGGUGACGGGCGCUUUGAUCGCCUCUUAUCUUGCUUCUGCGCCGAGGAAGCGCAACAGCAGCGGCUGUUUCUCGUCGCGCAGCGCUGCCACCUCAUUCAGCAGGAGGAGGCUGCUGCUCGCGAGUGGCGCGCGCUAGAUGCGAGUGUGCAGCAGCACCGCAUUGUGCGCGAGGAGCGCGCUGCUUAUAGGCUGGUCAAAUCGCAACAGGACCAUCGCCGCCUCCCAGAUGCCUCUGCGUACAGCGUUGUUGGUGCGGACGCGUUUGGCAACGAUCUCACGCGCGCGCGCUCAGCGGAGCGCUCUCCCUCUCCAUUCCCCGAAGAGGCGCUCCACCUCGCGGCUACGCCACCAUCCGGGCAGCGGCGGCGGCGAAUGCUCUCCGCGAGUUUGCGUUCUCUGUUAUGCCCGGGCGCAUCUGUGCCAGCGAGCGCCCCUGACGGGGACGACGGAGAGAACCGGCUGGGGGGCUUUUCACUGUCCACCUCGCUGCCUCGCCUUGUGGACCAUCGCAAUGAGGACAGUGUGCCUCACGACCAAGACGCACCCGCCAGUUUCGAGGAAGUGCACCAGCACACCGCGGAGAAGUCUAACUCUGAGGAAAAGGACGAGGCCCUCGGCGACGCGGCCGAGGAAGCGCAAGGGGAACCUAGAUCUUCUAUGCGGUCCUCCGAGGUAAAUCAGUGGACCACCUCACCUCCACGGGCUCUGCCACCUUUGCCGUCCAGCGAAGGACUCGGAGGCGAGCUGCUUGCCCGUAUACGCGACCUCCACAACGAGGAAGAGGAUCAGCGCUUCCUGCUCACAGGUGACUGCCCUCCGCCGGACGUGUUCCAACGCUGGACGGCCCGCUACUGUGAAGACAAGCGAGUAUGUUUCUCUUCAGCGGCGUCAGGUGCUGGGCAGCCUUCAGCGCUGAGGGCCGCACUCAGCCCAGAGGCGGCUGAGCGGUGCUGUUCGCGGUCUGACUCGCCCGCGAUUGCGCCACCUACUCACGAUGGCGCUGCAUUCAUUGCGCUUGCACCCAGCGACAGCGCGCUUGCCCGCGUUCCCGCCGCAGCUUUGCAUGAUCGAUCAAGAAGCCCGCUCCUUUCGGCGACGGCCGAGCAGGCAGACGAGGAAUUCCUCAGGCGUGAGGGCGCUUCCGCCUCGUGGCACCGAUUGUGUAGUGAGCACCGUCGUGCGUGGGCGAUGGAGAACUUCUUCGGCACCGAUGUUGCCUACGCGAACUAUCAUGAUGGGUGGAGCGCAGGGUCGGCACGAUCACCGCUUCCGUCUUCACGCGAGGAAAGCGAGUUCAAUGCUAGUGGUCGGUGCGCACCCGAUCCGCGAAUCUUCGGCGCGGGACCGAGCGCAGCUCCUCCGAGUGCCUUUUCACCGCCGUCGCACGCCGCACCAUCCUCUUCGGUGCCGCAGACGACUCGCAUCGAAAGCGCUGCACCGCGUGCGAAGAUUGACUUCUCGCAGCAGCCCCCAAAGUCGGUGACAGCCGACUCUUCGCUGCUCCGCAAGAUGGCGUGCCCGACGGAGAAGACAUAUUUGGCGCCGAUGGGGAGCGAGAGGGAAGCAUGGCAGGCGCUGAUGGACGCGUUCAUUGACGGUCUCCUGCAGAUCAUGGCGCUUGAAUAA